AGGUCGUAAAUUUUGUCGUAGACGUAGACGUAAACGUAGACUUUACGUCCGAAUGUACGUGUGCGUAGAUUGCGUUUUACUAAAGGUCGUAACUACACACGUAAACGUAGAUACACACGUAGACUUUGUCGUAGUUUACGUCUGGAACUCUUCAAAAGAAGAUAAUAAAGUAAUCGUAGUUACCGAAGCUACGCAUGCGUAUUAAGUACUUUCAUUUUUCCUGAUUAUCGUCUGCGAAAGUAAACAAGUCCAUAUCUAGUUAAAAUGACCGAGAAAAAGCCCCGAAAGCCAAAUUGGACAAGCGAAGAGAUGGAGGUAUUAGCUGAGGCUUACCUAUCAUCGUAUAAAGUAAUAAGAGGGAAACUAACUCCCGUUGUUACUUCUGAAGUGAAGAAGCGAGCUUGGGAAAACAUAACAGAUAAGUUAGUUAUUGAUAUUAAAUGCUGUCUCACUUUGCUUGAAGAGACUAGGAAGCGGCUACAGGAUGUGCAGUCAUGCAUAAAAAAGAAAGAAGCCUACAGAAAGAAGGAGGCAGGCAUGACUGGUGGUGGCCCCCCUACAGAGAUCACUUUUAAACCCUGGGAAUUGACUAUUCUGAGCACCAUAUCUCCUGUUUCAAUAUAUGGAAUAGAAGGUAGAGCCGACACAGGGAAAGAAGAGUGCGCUGUUAAAGAAGUCAGUGGUCCAUCUGGGGACUGCUCUGUGCCACCUGGGUUGAUCGUUACAGAAACUGUGCAGGUGGAUGUUGUUGCUAAUGCUGAGGAUUCUCAACAGAAAUGCUCAACAUCCUGUGAAGUUGGAGAUUUUGAUAUGAGACAUAGCAGGAAAAUUGAAAGGAAAACAGAAAAACAGAAGAGACAUAAUGGGCCUGUUAAUGGGAUGGAAGAUCUGUUAGAGUUGAAGAGGAAAAGACUAGAAAUUGAAGAAAGAAAAGUACAUGCUUUGGAGAAAAUUGCUACAGUCCUUGAAAGACAACAGUCUGACCAGAUGAUUCAUCACUCGCCAUCCUUCUCCGUCUCUCCUAUCAUUAAAUUCCAUUAAAGUAUUGAC